AUGUCUACCAACGGCGACCUCCCUUCCGACGACGAGUUCUCGCAGCCCGGCACUCCCCCCGGUGACGAGAACGACGUGGACGAAAUCGAAGAAAGCAACCAACCUCCCAAAUCGGCGCUGAAAAAGAGCACCACAGCAGCCAUUCCCGAGCCUCCAGUCGCUCGCCCUGUCCUUCCCGAACAACCAGAACCUCAAGACCUAGAUAUAUCCACGCUCACGCCUCUAACGCCCGAGAUCAUAGCCCGACAAGCGACGAUCAACAUUGGAACGAUAGGACAUGUGGCGCACGGAAAGUCGACGGUGGUCAAGGCCAUUUCCGGCGUGCAGACGGUUCGAUUCAAGAACGAGUUGGAGCGGAACAUUACCAUCAAGCUCGGUUACGCCAACGCCAAGAUCUACAAGUGUGACAACCAGGAGUGUCCACGACCAACCUGCUACAAGAGCUACAAGAGUGAAAAGGAAGUAGAUCCUCCGUGUGAAAGACCCGGAUGUGGAGGCACAUACCGUCUGCUCCGACACGUGUCGUUCGUUGACUGCCCAGGACACGAUAUUCUCAUGAGCACCAUGUUAUCAGGCGCCGCGGUGAUGGACGCGGCUCUUCUCCUGAUCGCGGGUAACGAAACGUGCCCCCAGCCGCAAACGUCGGAGCAUUUGGCGGCCAUUGAGAUCAUGAAGCUCAACCACAUCAUCAUCUUGCAGAACAAGGUCGACCUGAUGCGGGAAGAAGGCGCGCUCUCCCACUACGAGUCCAUCCUGAAAUUCAUCAAGGGCACCGUGGCCGACGGAUCGCCCAUCAUCCCCAUCUCCGCACAACUGAAAUACAACAUCGACGCCAUCAACGAGUAUCUGGUCACCAAGAUCCCCGUGCCGGUGCGCAACUUCACCGCCCCGCCGCACAUGAUUGUGAUCCGAUCGUUCGACGUCAACAAACCCGGCGCCGAGAUUGAAGACCUGAAGGGUGGUGUCGCAGGAGGGUCGAUCCUGACCGGGGUCCUGAAACUCGGCGACGAAGUGGAAAUCCGGCCGGGCAUCAUCACCAAGGACGAAAAGGGCCAGACCAUCUGCCGCCCCAUCAUGUCUCGCGUGGUCAGUCUGUUCGCCGAACACAACGACCUGAAAUUCGCCGUUCCCGGCGGUCUGAUCGGUGUCGGGACCCGCGUCGAUCCCACGCUGUGCCGAGCCGAUCGUCUGGUCGGCCACGUGCUGGGCCUCAGGGGCCAACUGCCCGAAAUCUACAUCGAGCUGGAAGUUAACUACUUCCUGCUGCGACGGUUGUUGGGCGUCAAGACCGCCGACGGCAAACAGGCCAAGGUCGCAAAGUUGGCCAAGAACGAGGUCCUCAUGGUCAACAUUGGCAGCACCGCCACCGGUGCGAAGGUCAUGGGCGUCAAGGCCGACGCCGCAAAACUCACCCUGACCACCCCGGCCUGCACCGCCAUCGGCGAGAAGAUCGCCCUCAGUCGCAGAAUCGAAAAGCAUUGGCGUCUUAUUGGCUGGGCGAAUAUCGUCGCGGGAAACACCAUCGCGCCUGAGGCUUCCUAG